CAUUAGAUUGCUUUUGCAGCAACUGAGAGGAGUUGUUAGUGAAGUUGAAAAUGACUACUUAGAACUCCAGCUUUGCCACACGAGCGAAAGUGUAUUUUUUUAAAAUUAUUAUUAUAAGCUAUUAUUACAAUUUUACGUUUAAGGAAGGCGUUCUGUACAUUUGCAAUAAUUACAGCAUGGCAACUCGCGAGCUACGACAGUACCGCCGGGCCGCUAUGAAUAUCAAGCAGGAGCAGGACGACGACUCCGACAACGAGGAGCCGAAUCUGGGACUGAAGAAGUCGGAUGGGGACGAAUCCCAGGUCAUUCACAGCGGCCACUUCAUGGUGUCUUCCCCGCACUUCGAACAUCCACCAAAAAAAGGUUACGACUUCGACACGGUCAACAAGCAGACCUGUCAGACCUACCACUUCGGGAAGACCAGCACAUCGCACAUCUCCAUUGACGCCUCUCUCACAAAACUCUUCGAAUGCAUGACCCUUGCUUACAGCGGGAAACUGGUGUCGCCGAAAUGGAAGAACUUCAAAGGGCUGAAGCUGCUGUGGAGGGACAAGAUUCGCCUGAACAAUGCCAUCUGGAGGGCCUGGUACAUGCAGUAUGUGGAGAAGAGGGAGAACCCAGUGUGCCAUUUCGUCACCCCCCUGGAAGGAAGCAUCACCUCUGAGGAGCACCGCCAGGCUGAGACAAUAGCCACAGAGGGAAAAUACUGGAAGAGAAGAAUUGAAAUAGUCAUCCGGGAGUACCACAAGUGGAGGACGUAUUUCAAGAAAAGGCUACAGAAGCACAAAGAUGAAGACCUGUCCAGCCUCCUCAAAGGGGCGGAGGAACAGUUUUCGCUGUUUGGGGAGAUCUUUCCCGACACCCGCCGUGUCUCCCUUUGCCAGGACGAGGAGGUGGCGGCGGCGGGGGGAGGGGUGGGGGCGGGCCGACGGGUGGCGCGAAAAAGCCGCGAGUCGCCCAUUCCCAUGGAGAUGGACCCGCUCUUCGACAUGGACGUGCUGAUGUCGGAGUUCUCGGACACACUCUUCUCCACCCUGUCCUCUCAUCAGCCCAUCGCCUGGCCCAACCCCAGGGAGAUCGCUCAUGCUGGUAACGCUGACAUGAUCCAGCCGGGCCUGAUCCCCCUGCAGCCCAACCUGGAUUUCAUGGACACGUUUGAGCCUUUACAAGACUUGUUUCACACCCUCCGCCAGCCAGCAUAUUCCUCCGCCUCCCUCUCCACGUCAGCCAUGCUUCCAUCGCCUAGCAACAACUCUCAGACUCAGACCUCCCUGCUGCACCCGGCCCUCUCUGCGGAUUCCUCGUCUGUCAGUCUGGACCACCGGCUCAUUGGCUCACCCGCCCCCGGCUCCGCCCCCAUGGUACCAGCAUUGGCCAAUCACAGCAGCGGAAGCUCCGCGGUCCUUGGCUACGCCCAGCACUACGUGCCCCAGUACUCAGGGGGCCUGCCCCCGAUGUCCAGCACCGCCAACGCGAACAUGACCGUCGCCGCCGACCCAUCGGCCCUGCCCCCGAUGCAGGCCCCGCCCCCCGGCCCCGCCCCCAUGCCCCUCCCCCUGCAGGGCCAGGUUUCCAAGGCGACCCCGCCCCCGUCCGUCAUCACGCACACGGCCUCCUCCACCGUCCCGCCCAGCGAAGCCGCCACCACCUUCAGCCAGAGUUCGGGAUUCACUCUUCCCAGAAUGCCCUGCAAAAGCACACUCCAGCCCACGUCGGUCCCGCAGCCCACCCAGACCUUCGCCCUGCCCAAACCCAUCCAGCCCUCCAGCGCAGCCAAGAAGGCCCGGCCUGUACAGAGGAUAGUGCCCGCCAGCACCAUCCCCGCCCAGCACCUCAUCUUAGCAGCUCCCUUUCCGGGGCACCCCAACGCGGUGAUAGUCACGCCCAGCCCCUUAAAGGCCGACGUGCUCCCCCAGACUGGAAUGGUCAUCACCUCCUCACUCGGACGGGCUCCUGGUUUCCACAUCCUCCCGCAGUCUCAGAAGUCUCCACAGGCGAUCGUCCCCAAAGAGGAGACGGCCUCCUCCUCAAACGGCGGGAAGCAGGCGUCCUCCGCCAGCAGCGUGCGGGAUGGGUGCUGUUCAGGACAGGGGUCUCCUUGCGCCCCGGACCAGGUCCCCAGCCCCCAGUCGCCCCACAACAGCUGCAGCAGCCUGGGGAAGAACGAGUCCAACCAGAGUCGGAGGGUGAAUCACAUUUCCGCCGAGCAGAAGAGGCGCUUCAACAUCAACAUCGGCUUCAAGACGCUGUGCAGCCUGGUUCCCACACUCAAGUCCCAGUGCAACCUGAAGCCCCAGAUCAGUAACGCGGCGACGCUGCAGAAGACUGUGGAGUACAUCGGGAAACUGCAGCAGGAGAGACUCAGCAUGCAGGAGGAGACCAAGCGGCUCCGCGAGGAGAUCGAGGAGCUCAACGCCUCCAUCAGCUCGUGUCAGGAGCAGCUGCCGGCCACAGGAGUGCCCAUCACGCGGCACCGCUUCGACCACAUGCGCGACAAAUUCGACGAGUACGUCAAGAGCCGGACCCUGCAGAACUGGAAGUUCUGGAUCUUCAGUAUCAUCAUCAGACCUCUUUUCGAGUCCUUUAACGGCGCGGUGUCCACCAGCAGCACGGAGGAGCUGUGUCAGACCACCCUGCUGUGGCUGGACCAGCACUGCUCUCUGCCUGUGCUCAGGCCCAUGGUGUUGGGUACACUUCGCCAGCUCAGCACCAGCACAGCCAUCCUGACCGACCCAGCGCUGCUGCCCGAGGAAGCCGCCCGCGCCGUCACCAGCGUCCACAAGGGGGCAGGAGAGUCCUAGCCCCACAGAGACCAGGAGGGCUGGAGAAGAGGAGAGCUGGAGGCGGGGCUUAAGUCACGCUCCCCCCACCCCCACACCCCCCCACCCCCUCGCUGGCAGUUGUCCUGUUGGUGCUCCUUUUCUGUGCAAGCAACACCGCCAGUGAUACAGGGGGCGCUGUUUUCAGGAGUUUCACUUCUUCCGUGCCUUCUUGUGACGUGCACAACGUUACCAGCUGAUUGGUCCACAGAGCUCUAUAACCUCUCUGGAUUGGUUGGCCUCCAGAAAGAUGAGAUCGUCUUCCAGGGGGAGGCGUUUGUUAGAAAAUUUCUUUGGCAAAAUUUUAGGCCAUUUAAUUUAGAAUUAGCUCUUACCUUUUUUUUUUAGUUUUUAGUUUCUUUAAGCCAGUUAGUACAUGAUGAAAAGAAACCAACACCAGCGAAAACGGGAAAUCCGAAUAGCUACCUAUAAAGGGAAUGAGGUUACCGCGGUAACCUGCGACUCUUGCUGGAUUUAGACUGUCAGCUUUCGUCGCGCUGGAGAAGUGCAAACCAAAGGGAGAAGGAGGGCGGGCGAGUCUCAGCCGCGGCGUACGAACCCGACUCCUCCUGCGAGCCUCGCCACCGCGGGAAGCGUUACCUCACCUGGCGGUAUUGGGGGGGGGGGGGGGGGGGGGGGAUGGGCCGCGUGGCGACCGCCGUUUCCGCCGCGGACUCAUUCCGCUGCUCAGGGGGCCCCGCGGGACUCUGGGACUGCGUGCGGCGGCUCUCGGCUCGAGGGCGGCGAUGGCGAGGUUCGUGUGUAAAUGUUUUGAAUUGUUCUUUUUUUUCCCAUUGUUGUUGCUGUUGCUGUUCGGCACUCGACACGCCCAGUUUUAUUAAAUAUCCCUUCGCUCGCUGGCACUGGUGGUUCGUCAGGCACCGGCAUAGGUUUUUAUUUUUAUUUUUACCGCUCCGUCAGUAAUCUCACGAUGGGUGAACUCUGGAACAUGGAAAUCUGCGUAUCCGCUGAUCUCUCUCCAUCUCCUGCCUCAGUGUUACUGCAUAGAGGCUGCCCACAGAGGCCACGGAACAGGGAUCAGCGAGCAUCAAACUCUGUGUAAAAACCGUCUCUGUAAAUACCACCGUGCCCUGGCUGUGUGCCUGCUGCUGCCUGCCUAUCAAAUCAAAAUCUGCUGGGAAUCCCCAGAAAAUCUGGUACCAAGGGCCACGUGUACGGAAGCCGAAUUUAGGAGCUGAGUGCGUUACUGUCGGUAUGAGGUCAGUGACUCGUUUACUAAGAUUAGGGUACAAAGCGGGCAGUAGUUCCACAGCCUGGGGAAGUGGCCUUCUACAGCUCACUGCACAAACGCACGCGUGAACGUUUUAAAACAAUGUUUGUUGUGCACAGCGAGGUAUCCGCACGGCUUGCUAUAAAAAUGGCGGCUGAGGGAAUGCCUUCCACGCUAAAGCCAGCUGAGCUCUCCUUUGCCCGAAUAAUAGCUCAGAUCUGCUGUCUGUGCAGAAUGUAACGAAGCCAACACAAAAUGCACAACAGUAAAAAUAAAAAUGGAAAAGACUUGCCCAGGUGGAGAUAGGAAAGAAGUCAGUUGCCAGGAUGUCCCCCGAUGGCUCGAUAGUGCCUCCGCUGGUCACUUGUGUGCCUGCAGUCUGCCUGUGCCAGAGGUACAAAUGCAAAGUUGUUUUUUAAAUAAAUAAAAAAAUACAGAUGAAACGAGUGUAUAGUUGAGAUAUUUGCGGUGACUCUCAGUUUUACGUGAGUAUAAAUCACUCGGAAGAUGAGAGUGAGCACCUGCUGCUCUGAGAUCUUAAACGUAAAAAUCGGAAAUACACCCCUUCCCGAUUUAAUACGUCCGCAAGGUGCAUGCAUGUGCAGUUCCAUGAACAUCGGAGCCGACAUCAUCCCAGGAGAAACUUUUUAAUGGCGUGUUGAAUGGAAAUCGCACACCAGCGACCCACGCAAUCAUUUACUGAGUCUGGCCCAGGGUUUGACCACAAACAUGGCCCUAUGAACCCUAACCCUAACCCUAUCCCGAAUCUGGCCCAGGGUUCCACCGAUUGCCAGCCACAAACAUGACCCAGCAGCGGGCAGGGUUUCUCUGCCAGUGUUCAGUCCACUUAACGGCUUCUGUGUUCAGGAUUAAGUGUUCAGUCCACUUAACGGCUGCACCCUGACCAGCUCAGAAUUGUGAAUGGUUGCUGUCGAUACCUCUUGCAAUAAAAAGCAUUUUUGAAUGUCGGGUGUUAGAAUCGGAAUUGAAAUAGAUUUAUACUUUGCUUGAGUGCUCAGGGUUUACAUUAAGAAGCCGAAUGGAAUGUUUUCUAACCAAAUAAACCAGAAAAUCAGGGUAUUUUCACUGCGGACACAUUGCAGUGAAAGCACGCAGGUUUCAUACUUGUAAUAACCUGUUUUUUUUUUUUUGCAAUCAAAGAAUUUGUACAUUUCAACAUCAGACUUUUUGUACCAUGUGGAAUAUAGUCUUCUCUGAAAUUCAGGCUCGUUUGCAAUGCUGACUCAUGAGUUAUAUGCUUGUAUUUUCUACAAGGAGCUGAACAAAAUGCAUGUUUUGUUUCACACGUUUUCAUGAAUAUUCAAGGUUUUUUAUGGCACUUUUUUGUAUGAACACCGACAGGAAAUUAUUUGGGGGUGUACCCAUGACGAGCUCAAAUUUAUCUUUCAAUUAAGUGAAAUUCCAUUUUUCAGCCGAACUGACAAGUUUGAAAUUGACUGGAUUCCCAAAUCUGACUCUACUCAAGCGGUGGCUAGCUCACGCAGUCUCUGAAACAUCGUUUUCAUUUUCGGCUGGACCGCGACAGCGGGGCCAGCCCUAUAAACACGAAUGCCUGUGCCUGAGUGACUGACUGAUGAAGUCACGCCAUUGGUCGGCCGGUUCGGUCCAGCCACACGCUAGGUUUUGACCUGGUCUUGUUUUUAACCAGGCUUUGCUAGAUGCAGUGAUCUGCGUGACCGCCUCGUCCUCAAACGAAAAUUGAACUUUGUGUGCGUACAUCUUUAUGAAAAGACCUUUAAAUAUGUUACAGUGUAGAGCUGGUAUGUAUGAAUUUUAUUUAUUCUGAAUUCUGUUUUGCUGCAUCCUCAUGUUUCCGUAUCAGAUUUAGGAUGUUGUUUUUUGUUAUUAUAGAAGCAAUGAAAAGGGAAGUGAUGUCAUACAUUUAUAACUUUAUUAAGUGCCCUAAUAAGAUGGCAAAAGCAUAUUAUUUCUCAAAUUCUGUUCUGGCUUUGGUGGCAGACAGCAACAGAACUGUCUUUCACUUUUCUAUUUUUUAUUUUGUAAUUUAGCAAUCAUAUUUUGUUAGAACAGACAAACCACUUAGGGACACCUUUAGAUGGGAUGCAGAAUAUUAUGUAGUUUCACUAGCAAGUGCUUCCUGAGUUUACACAGUUUGUUUUACACAUCAGCAUCAAAGUUUAGUCAGUAAUUAGACCCGAUUUGAUGAUGAUGUAUUUUAUUCAUCCCACAAUUUUUAUUUUAUUUUAUUUUACACUUUGUGGUCGUCUGCCUAUCCAAUUUGUUUUUCCUGCAUCCAAAACACUAGACACAGGAGACAGUUGUGCAUAGCCUGCCACAGUUGGCAGAACUGGCACAAUGUGGAUUUGAGGGGCCCUACAUGCACCGGAAGUGUGUAUUUGAGGGCCCCUCCAUGCACUGGCACAGUGUGUAUUUGAGGGUCCCUCCAUGCACUGACACAGUGACUUAUCACGAUGAAGAACACUGCAGCCCAAAACUCUAACUUCAAAACUAUUGGGAAACAAAGCCCCUUGACUCAUUUUGUCUGCUCCAUUCAAACCACGCAAUGACCUUAUUUUGUUUCAUACAUUGUUUACUAAUGGUGGUAUGAUCUGUUUGUAGGGCAGGAUGCCGUUUCUCACGGUCACAGAAUCAAAUAAAGUAACUUGGGUCUGUGCAAAACUUUUCUUUUCUUUUUUUUUUUUUAAAGCAUUGCUCCACAUUUGCUAAGUGAACAUUUGCCACAUCAGUUUUUUUUUCUGGGUCAUUUUGCAAUGAUGUUAUUUCAUGAUUCAUGAGUCAGUUUGCCCCUCCAGAUGAUUUUUUACCAACAAUAAGGGCAGAUGUGGUUUAGAUAGCAUUUGAAGCCUUAAACUGCAUCAGUGAUAUACUCUUUGUAUUUUUGUGUGACCUCCAAUCUCCUUCUGCGGGGGCCUGGUUUUGCAGGUGGUUAAUGUGACUUGCAGGUCAGAUGCAGUAUAUUUGUACGAUACUCUAUGCAAAGAGGAGCGUUCUAUAGCCUGACUGGUGUGGCUGUAUCGUAGUGAGGAUGUUCUGUUUUUGGUUCUCUGUACGCUGACUAGUCUGUUUGCUGAAUAACCAGCGUUCCUGCUUGUGUAAAUCAUGAGACCUGAGAACCUAUUUUCUUUUUUUAAUUAUUGUUAUUAUUUUUAGUGCAUGUGGGAUAAAUUAUUUUAUGUGGUAAGCUUUUAAUUUCUUAUUUUGAUAUAUAUCACACUGGGGUUUUCAGGAUCUUGAUGAUAAAGAACCAUUUUGUCUUUUGUUUCCUUGGUUUCAAUAUUGUAAAUAUUGUAUUGUUCUGUGUAUUUUCUUCUACAAAGUAAAGAAAGCCAAAUGCUGUUUUUUUUCA